AUGGCCCUGUAUAACUCCGACGAGGGUGUGGUGACGGAGGAGCAGACUGCAGUUACCAUACAGAGUGUACAGCAGGCCGCAGCUUUUGCAGAUCAUAAUGUUCAAUACCAGUUCUGCACAGUGGUUUCUUCACUCCAGUUGACCUAUCAUGUGGUCUAGGUGACAGAUGACCAGCUAGAGGCAGCAGGCGACGGUACUGGGGCAGUCAGUGUGGUCUUCACUGCUGCAUUUACUGGAGCACAGCAAGCAGUAGCCUCUCUCCUCAUUCAGAACCCCUUCAGUAAUGGGGGUAGUCCUGCGGAGGAGAUGGUGGGAGAGGAGUUUUUUUAUGCCAAUUUCUCUGCUGACACAGUCAGAGAUGGGGCAGCCAAAGCAGUGUCGGUGCAGUCUGACCCAACAUUUAAACAGGUCGGAGGUCACUUCAAUGUGAUGAUGAGCCCACCUGAUGUGUUGCAAGCUGGCACUCCACGGACCAUUGCCCCUUGCGCACACACGUACAGCUUCACCUGCCACACAGAAGAUGGAUGCCCCCCUGGGCACCUAGGGAUAAGAAGAGCACAACACAAUGAAAUGGAGAGGCGGAGAAGAGACAAGAUCAACAGCCGGAUCAUCACUCUCUCAAAGAUCGUCCUAGACUGCAACAUAGACAGUACUAAGACUGGAGCAAAGAAAGGAGGGAUCUUAUCGAAAGUGUGUGACUACUUUUGGGAGCUGAGCCAGCGACUGCAGGACCACUUCAAAGAGGUGUUGAGAGUUCAGGCAGACAACCAGCUACUCAAACAACAGAGCUGUCACCGACUGAAAAUAAUCUUUGAUGACCAACUCAAGGAGCUUGAGACCAAGAUAACCAGAAGAAGUCUUAGGCUACAAAUGUGCCGUCUGCACAAAACUCAGGUGGAUACACAGUGA